AUGACUAAUGAAUGGCUAUAUCUUGAGCUGGAUAAAAGAUGUAGUAGUGGAACGUGCACUUGUACUAAGAAACCUGACGGUAUUACUGCCAUAAAAACGGAGGAUGUUCCUUCAUAUGGAUAUACCAAACACACUCACAAACUUACUGUGGAUCUGCCAUUCAAACUAUUCACAGUAAAAUAUAGAGGUGGCACAACAUUUCAAGGGCCGUAUAAACUUGACGGAGUAAAAGAAGUAUCUGUAUAUUAUGAUGGUGAAAAUAGGCCAUAUGUAAUCAAUCUCCGUAGGUUUGGAAGAGAAUACUACUAUGUCAACAGAAAACCUUCAAGUGGAAGUUCUGAUAAUGAUUUCUGGGAUGAAGAUAAUAGUCUUCGUGACCCUAAAAAUCUUCAGGAUAAACUCGAGGAACUAAGUUGCCGAUAUGCCAGUGCAGUUGUGAUUGACAUUUAUAAAACAAUUUCACACAAGUAUCGUUGCAGUGUUAGUUUACAUAAAAGUGUUAAUAAAUUUGGUGGUGACGAAAACAUUUAUGAGUUUAAGCACCAUGAUGCCAAAAGUGGUAUAUUCAAAGUACCAUACCUCAGAUACAAUGGCAAGGAACUCAAGAUACCAGUUCCUCCGCAGGGAAUUAGAAGCAUUUCUACAUUUUACUGGAAGCAUCGUUUAGGUAGACCUAUAGCCGUGAAGCUAGAGAAACAUGAUGGAAGUCUUGAAUAUCAUUUCAGUAGGGGCAGAGUUUCUGGAUACUGGGAUAAUAAAGGAUCAAUACCAAAUAACCUUAAGGACGAAAUCAUUGGAUUAAAUUGUAGACGCAAUAGAGCUACUACUGUUGACCUGUCAAGGACCGUUGAUGGUGAUUAUUGUUGCACGAAUUACUGUAAAUUCAAGAGAAUCAAUGUUACCAAACAACCAGAGUGGUUCAAAGGAUUUACUAGUUAUGAACACAAAGCAUGUUUUAAAUAUCCCUUCACAAUUGACAAAAUUAUAAAUGACGCUGCAAUAAAACAAAAAGGUAUAAAAUAUCCAAUCUAUGACGUAUACGAUCUCACUGUAUAUUAUUGUAAAAAAUGUACAAAUGAGCCCCUGUUUAUGUCAAUGAGUUAUAAGCUUGAUCGGUUCAUGGAAUAUGUCUGGUACAAGAGGAUUACCAGGAAUGGGUGGGAACUGGUACAAAUACCUGAUAACUACGAUAAUUUAUAUAUAGAGCUAACCAAAAAUCUGAAAACACUUUAUAGUGCAAUAGGCACUAACUGUGAUCUGCAAGGUAUUCCUCAAGACAAUGAUGAAGUCCUCUCUAAAAACUUGGCUGAACCUUCAGAACAGCUGUCAGAAUCUCCAGAAAAGACGCUUGAAAAAGCAGAGAGGGAAAAUCAUAAAUUAAAAUUUCCUGUUCCAAAGGGACCGAAUGAUGAGAACGACCAGGAUGAGGAGAAAGAAACUUUGGAGGAAGAAAAUAGAGUUAAACUAAUCACGCAAACUUAUACAAAAAAUUCACUGUUACCCGCAUCUUUCCAAGCUCCAGAGCCACCACUUCCAAAAUCUGGAAGAGUAUAUCCAACUACUGAUAAACUAGGAGCAAUAAAACAACAGAUAGAAGCAAAAGAACGUGCUAAGGCAGACCUACAAUUUCCUCCACCCAUAUCUGCAGCUCAACGAUCCCAUUCAUCUGGAAUCACAAUAAAUAUCAAAGAAGAUCUUUCUGGUGAAAAGAGAACGGGAACUAUUACAUAUCCUUCCGGAAGAUCUGCUGGCCAAGUUAGGCUGACUAGGGAAGAGAAUCCUCCUAGUUCUGGCUUCUUUAAGUUCACACAUACCAAAAAUGGUACUCAAAGUGGAAUUCCUUUUACAGUUGAGAAAGUGGUGUAUGGUGAAGAUGGGAAGGAUAAGACGGAUAUAAAACCUGAAAUCCCUAUAAAAGCAUAUUCCGUCUGGUACUGGAAGGAGGAUACAACAGAUAUGAAAAAUCCACUUUUUAUUGAGAGUCAGAGAGAGGACGGAAAAUACGACUAUUACUACAAUAAGGGAGGUAAUCAAUGGACAGAUCUUUCUGAGCGUAAAGAUGCUUCUAAAGCACUAGAGGAUGAAGAACUUGAACAGAAACUUGACAACCUUAACUGUUUACUUAAUAAUGCAGUUACCAUGGAUAUAUCACAUGAGAACUAUAAGGAAGGAUGCUACUGUUGUGAUUAUCAUGGAAGUAGUAAGGGUAAUGGGAAGAUUAUAGUCCAUUCUCAAUCUAUCACAAUCACCUCUACAUCUAGUAUUAAAAAUGGUAGUUUAACUAUGGAAUACCACAAACACUCUGUUAUAGACGGAGGAAGUACUAAGUUAGUCAAGAUAAAGUAUUAUAAAGAUAAGGAUAAUGAUCAAAAGAAUAGGAAACGGAUAGUUGCAAGUGGGUUGACAUUUCCUAUUGAUACUCCAGUGGAUGUAUAUGUUUUCUACUGCGGAGACAAUCCUGCACUAAUAUAUACGGAGCAGAAAAAUAAGUGGCAUAAACGAAGAUAUAGAGAUGAUUAUGAUGGAAAAUGGAUAGAUGCUGGAUUUAGUGAUAUAGUACCAGAUACAAUUAAUAGUGACUGUAAUAAUUGGAAUAAAGUUCAAAAGGUACUCAACGACCUUGGAUGUAACACAGGAGAAUGCUAUAAUGUUCCCGGUUCUGAUAGUUCGAGUAGUUUCUCAUCUGUAACCCUUCAAACUCAAAUACGAGAUCCGCAAGUAAUCAUUCAGCUCUCAAAAAAGCCAGAGGCUAAACGUUCUCAAGAAACUUAUGAAUAUCUGGGAUAUUCUAAUAGUAUUAAUAAUAUUACUAUUCAAGUCACGAGAACCCCCUAUAAAAGCAACUUCUUCAAGUACACUCAUGUGGACGGUGUUUCUAAUGGAAACUUUACACUACUAGCAGUAAUUGAUGAUCAAAAAAAGAAUGUAGGAGCCAGUGGAAAUCGGGUGAUUUCUGCCUCUGCCUAUUACUGGACUGGUAAUACUGAGAAGGCUCUACUGGUAGAAAUACACGACAGUAUUGGGAAUAAGACAUACUAUAGAAACAACAGAAAUGGUACAUGGUUACAUUAUCCUAUGACAUCUGGAAACGAACCUACUAGGAAGGAGUUAGAGUUGCUCAAUUGUGAUAUUAAUGAGGUGGUUCAAAUGGAUAUUACAAGAGUUUCUGGAGAGUAUUGCCAUAGUGGAGACAAGCAUCUUAGUAAUAAAUUAAAGGUUAAAGUAAGUGAUGGCGGAAAGCUUGGAAACUAUACUGUUAGUGUCCAUGCUCCAAAUAGUGCUGCCAAUAUCUCUAGCUUAAACAUAUCUGGAUUUACAUCAACAAAUUACCUACCCCGUACGUACCGGAUUGUUAUAUGUGCGUGA